CAGGGCGCCUGGGUCCUGCAGAAUCCUCUCCGCCCUCCGCUCACGUGUGCUGUCAUUGUAGUCGGCUCCUGUCGUCGACCUCCCUGCCUGGCGAGCUCCUGGCGCUGUUCGCUCGCUAUUUCUGCAGCUGGCUCGGGAGAUCGGGCCCUCUGGCAGAGGAGCGCCACCGCCGCCGCCGCCCGCAAGCGCAGCAGCCGCCGCCGCCGAGAAGGCAGAGGCGGCCGGCGCGCUCGGGCGCUCAAGGUUCAGAUAAAUGUAUCCAAUAUGGACCAUCCCUUGGACUGCCUUGGGCAUCUCCUGUGGAUGCUGAUGUUGGUUCAUUUGCCACUGCAAGAGGUCCAUGGGUUUUUCCCCAACAUCUGGUCUCGGGCCAUGGGCUUCACAUGGGGAUCCAUCACCCACCAGGAUAUGACUGAAGAUGCAAUUCUGAAUGUCACUCUUCGCCUCUUUUCGGAGAUACCGCACCCUACUAAAGGGAAGCAUGUCCAAGAGGAGGACUUUAAGGACAAGACCCUAUUGGCUGAUGACAUCUUUGCCGCUUUCUAUGGUCCUGAGGUGUCAGCCAAGCGUUUCCGUGGAGCCGUCGCAGAAGUGGCCAACGCCAAUGCCGCCAUGGACUUUGGGAAUACGACCCGGGAUGACCCCAUUUUCCAUUUCGAUUCGGAGCUCAUUCACCCCGCCAAUAGCUGGCUGUUGCACGUUCGUGAAGAGAUCCUUCAGGCUGUGCGUUCUGAGCAAUAUGGCCUUGCCCGAAAAAAGCUGGGACAGCUGCUCCAUUCCUUGCAGGAUUUCUACAGCCACAGUAACUGGGUAGAACUGGGAAAUGAAGGAAUACUCCUUGACUUGGUUCAGCCAGGCCGAGAAAUUCAGUCUGUCGCUGAAGCUGGCAUCUGGACUUGCCACGAUUGCUCUGAAUGGACCUGCAAAGGAAAUCUCCUGGACAAGCUUGCUGUUCUCACCACGGGUUACUAUGGUUCCCAUCCCAAAAAGCCUAUUGGAAAGUGCAGUCAUGGUGGGAGGUUCGAUGAGAGCCGCCAUCAAGAACCACGAGGCGGCAUCAAUAAGGACAGCACCUCCCUGUUCUUCUCACCUCACCAUUACCUGCACCAGAAGGCAGCUAGGCUGGCCCUGGAGGCCUCCAUACACUUUCUGGAGAAGAUGUGGCGAGAAAUAGGGAACAGGCAAUUUAUGAGGUUGCUGGAUAUCAGCUCAACCACAGGCCUGAGUUUCGUUGUGGACACCACUGGAAGUAUGGGGGAAGAGAUCAGCGCUGCUAAGUUUCAGGCACGGGAGAUCAUCGAGCAGCGCCAAGGCACCCCUCAACAACCAGAUUUUUACCUCUUGGUGCCUUUCCAUGAUCCCGGUUUUGGACCAGUCAGUAAGACCAGUGACCCUGAAGAAUUUUGGAAAGUCUUAAACACCAUCAGCCCAUUGGGUGGUGGAGAUGAGCCUGAAAUGUGUCUGUCAGCCCUGGAGCUUGCCCUCCAGAACUCACCACCCUAUUCCGAGAUCUUUGUCUUCACUGAUGCAUCUGCUAAAGAUGCUCACCUGAAGAACAGCGUGGAAUCCCUAAUUCAGGAAAAGAAGUGCAAGGUGACCUUCCUAAUCACAGAAGACCCAUCCAAGACUCGAACGAAGCGGGAAACGCUUGCCCCGAACCGAUUUGACUUGUACGUUCAGUUAGCUGAGAGUUCUGGAGGCCAGAUUAUAUUCACAGACAACAAUAAUAUCCGGCAGAUGGCUGAGAUUAUUGGCGAAUCCAGAUUAUCUUCGGUGACUCUAUUUCGCUACCACAAAGGAAACAUCUUGAGACCUAAAGGGACUCAGCGUAGGACAAAGAAGCAAGCUCCCCAGUUGGCAAACCACCAGUUUUGGAUUGACAGUUUGGUGGACCGCGUGGUGGUGACCAUCCAAGGCUCCGUGGAGUUCUUUGAAAUAAGGGAUCCAACAGAGAAUUCCUGUGGUCCCCCACAGUCCCCUUGUCGCAGCCAGCGAUGGACAGCCACCGUGCAGAUCUGGGACCAAGCCGGUAUUCACUCCGUGCAGGUGGAAAACGGUCCGGUGCUUCCUCACCAAGCCCAUGGGCUGGUGAAAGUGGUCUCUUACACCUCAGAUUGCUGCUCACAUCAGGCAGAACUGGUGGUCACCAACCUUCUUGGGGAGAAAUACCGAUGCCAAGUUGAAGUAAUGCCUCCUGCCCUUCCUGGCAAGACAGUAACCACACCUCCAGAUGAUUUUAGGAUGGUGGCAGAUGCUGGUGCUGGUGCUGAUAGAGCUGUCGCUCCUUAUGCCACGAUCUGGUGGCGGAUCUCAACAAUCUUGCUGCUCAUUGUGUGGCUAGGACUGUAA